UCUUUUUUGGAACGCAAGCUCAAAAGUUAAUCCUAAAUGAGUACGACCAAUUGGAAAGUGGUACGAAAUGUAAACAGGGACUUCUCCAAGGAAAGGACUUUGCUAUAUUCAAAGGAAGUGUAAACAUGGAAGGGGCGUCACCCGGCUAUUCAAAAGUCGUCGAGCUUGGCCUAAAAACGAGUCAGCUUUCUCACAUUCAUAUUGUAAAUUUUUAGUUAUGUCUAUUACAAAGUUUAACAUGUAUAAUUAUACCUUAAUGGGGUUGGGGCGGGGGGGGGGGAGGGAGAGAAGUUUCCAGAAUAGAAACUCUAGCUAGAAUCUCAAGCGAGUAUUCUCUUUGUCUAUCUCUCUCUUUCUCUUUGUCUGUCUCUGUCUCAUUGUCUCUCUGAGAGAGAGAGAGAGAUUCUCUCUCUCUGUCUCUCUGUCUCUCUCUCUCUCUCUCUCUCUCUUAUAUAUAUAUAUAUAUAUAUAUAUAUAUAUAUAUAUACAUAUAUAUAUAUAUUUAUAUAUAUGUGUGUGUGUGUGUUAACUCAUUUAAUAUUUUGACAUCAGGUAAACAUAACAUUUCAUAGAAUUGGUAAUUUUAAAGGCAAUCGAAGGGCUAACCUAUCUCCAUGUAUAAUUUAGAAUUAUGGUCAGACUUCUGCUAAAAUCAAGUAAAAUAAAACAAAAUAUACAGCAUUGCAUUAAAUAUCGGCAAUACGCUAUUGAUUAUAAAAAGUAAAUAUUAUUAGCAUUUUCAAAUUUAAAAAAAAAUGUAAUUAAAUAUGGACGAUAAAAUAUCACGUGGCCCUCUUUAUUUUGCUAUUAAUAUGAAAAUUUUAAACCGUACGUACUCUCUAAUUUCAUCCAAUUAUUUAUAUUUAUUCAUGUGUUAUUUAUUUCUUUUUACUUUUGAAAAUGAAAUGUAGAAAGUUUCACAUCAUAUAUUUAUUCUUACCAUCAGUUAUGUGUGCUUCAAACUGGCCAUACAUGCAGUGAAAGAGAGGAAGGCUAUCCUUGUUACUGUGACAGUGUGGAUGAUGAUAAGACAUCUCAUUUAGUCUUCAACAUAACCGCCACAACAUCUGUAAGUCAGGCAGACAUUCGUUUACAAGUCUCGCAUAUAAACAAGAGCCAGAUCUUUAGUGAGACAAGGAGUUUACCUGAAAUUUUUGGUAAACAACGUUUACAUAUCUUACGCUUUUAAUAUGAUAAAUGGUACGCGUAUUUAAUAUUAACAUGGAUAAUUUCAAAGUAGCUUUUGCCCGAAACUAAAGGGCAUGCAUAACGUAGGACAAACAUAUCCUUUUAAUUUGUGUUAGCUGUAUAAGAGAUUUAAUAAAACUUAAAUUUUUAAUACGUUCUUGUUCGUGUUGUAGAAAAAACGGAAUCAAUUCAAAUAAAUGAUUUGGUACCGGAUACAGACUCUUGUUUUCUGAAGUUAAAUACAAGUGAUGACGUCAUCAAUUCAUGCUGUCAUAACAUGCCCCAGCCUUGUGUAUCAACGAUAUACCGUAACGGCCUCAAGGUGGCGUCUAGUGAUGUGUGUUCGUCGUAUCAAGCACGUGAAUUCUCUGCAUGGGCGUCAAUUUACAAGUUUACUGUUUCUGUGUGUGGCGAUGAACAUUUUGUUAAACCAGUAACGUGCAUAGCUGAACAUGGUAUGUAUGUCUCAUUAUGUUCAACCGUAAUGUGCAUAAAUGAAAAUGAUAUCUGUCUAGAUAUGUAAUUCUAUAAGUCCCUUGAAACUACAAUGACAUUAUCUAAGUUUCACAACAUUAAUUUUAAAAAUGUUUUACACUUUUAAAACGCAUGUGUCUCAAAAUAGUCGAUUAUUUAACUUAAAUACAGUUAUUUUAAAAUAGUAUGAAAUAUCGAGGUGCACAAUGUAAAUCUAUAAAAAAUUAAUAAACUUAUAAUCUUGAAGUUUCUUUACAAAAAUCAGAUGUGACACAUUAAAGAAUAAUUAGUAUUACAUCGUCUUAAUGUAAAUACAUCAUUAUAUUUGUUUUCAGCAUGUGUUAGUUUGAACAAAACUGUUUUUCAUAAUAUAUCAUUUCAAUAUGUUUUAGGUGAACAUUUAUCACAAAACGCUGAUGAAUCCUUGGAUUUCCCAUGUAGAUACACAGCGGCUAUUUUUAGGCUAACUAUAGCUAUUUUACUACUGCUCUUGCUUAUGGGUAAUUUUUUUUCACAUUCUAGUUUAAAAUAUUGUAUUUCAGUUGUUUUUUUUUUUUACUUUGUGUUAAACAUUUCAAGCACAUUUAUAAAAGUUUAUGUAUAUUUAAGGAAGCUCUUACAUUCAAAUUUAGCAUUUAUUUUUUACAGUUUUAAUCCAGACGUCAAUCAUUUUUCAUCGGUAAGUAAAUUCUGAAUUCUAAAAUGAAAUCGAAAGAAUUAUUUAACAUUUGUUAAUAUAACUGAAAAAUUAAACAUGACACGAGGAAGUAAAACAUUAUUUAUGAUGAUAGUUGGACAUUGUUAAAUAUGAAGCACAAAAAUAAAAUGAAUCUUAUUUAUCACACUAAAAAAUGAACUAUUAAGUAAGGCAUUGUUGCAGAAGACGAUUAUUAAUUCGUUAUAUUAACUUUUAGAGGAUAUUUUGGGUGCUGGGUGGCCGAGUGGUCUAUACUGUGCAAAUCUCCCAGGAAGUCUGGAGUUUAAUCCCCAUCAAAGCCCAGUCGAGCAAAAGAACAUCACCAGCACCGCGUGUGGAUGGGACUCGUCAAUCUUGGCAACUUAUCUUAGAGAAGGAAACUCUCAAUUCAAACCGGGAGAUGGAGUCACGUAGGCUGUUAGCAUUGGUACAAUUAAACAUUCCGACAACUCCUGCGACUGAUGACAAGCUGUAACAUUCCCAUGAUGUUCCCUUAAGUUAUCCAGCGCCUUAGAGAUAGGCGAUUUGCUAUUGGAAACCAGCUUAUAAUCCUAGAAGAAUAAUGCCAGGCUUGUGGAAUUCGUCCUGCAAAGUCUGCACCAUCGUCACAUUGUGACGGACGGAUACCAGCAUUCCAGAGUAUAUUUCUAACAAAAAAUUCCUCUGAACACCUAUUACGCUGUAGUUUUUUUUGCUUUGUUUUACUAAAUGUCUGUUUACUGAACUAAAGUAAUUUGACUUUUAAACGUUUAAGUGCCAUUUCAUUGAAGAAAGAAAUCACUUUUAUUUCAUUGGUUUAUAUCUUUUAUUUUUCUAGUUUAAGAGAUUACUGUGCAAGAAAAAAAGAAGGGACGCAGUCGAGGAAUAUACAUUUUUAGGGAAGGCAUCGUCAACUUUAAAGUACAUGUGACCGUGAGAGCAAUGGCAUCCACGUCAGAAAAGUCCUAUUGUAACCAAAUGCAGUUACCUGUGUAAUUAAUAAUUUUCUUAUGGAUGCACGAAUGAUAUAUUGUCAAUGUUGGUUUUUUUAAAUAUAGUAAAUGAAUGACCAAGGUAAUCGCUUAUCCUGUAAUUGACUCCACAGUUAAAUUGAAGAUUCUAGUGCUAAAUAUACUUAAGUCACAGUUUUUUUUUUCAAAAUCUUACUCAACGUGACUUUUUCUUAUCCGGUUUAGCCAAGUGUACUGCAGAAAUUUGAACACAUUAAAAUGUGCCUAAGUCUCUUAAUUAAAGAAGAUAAAAUAUGAAACUGAUCAGAUUUCAUAGAAGAAAAGAAUAUUUCAACUUGAUAAUCUCGAAAUGUGGAUAUUAUGACCUAAGUACUUAUACUAAGGUCUUCAAUUUUAGACCAUAAAAAUCGUUUUGCAUGCUUUUUCUACAAAAAGAGCAAAUUGGUCACCUUUAUGUUUCUUAUUAUUGUCGCUCACGAAUCAAGUUUCAUAAACAGUUUCUUAAUUGUCUUUAAAUCAAUAAUGAUUGGUCAGGCUUUUUUAUUUAUUUUUUAAUAAUAUGAUACCCUUUUUCUUGUAUAUCUUCUUAUUUUACUUUUUAUACAUCUCUUUGUUGUGUGUGGUCAUCCGUAUUUGAAAAAUUAUACAGUGUUUGCAGGCGAACCAUUUACAAUACUCAAUAGAUAGAUGAUUAAAAAAUAAUCAGAGACACUAUGAGAGGAUUUAAAGUAUAAGAUACAUGCAUAUUUCUAAACACAAUCAGUACAUACUAGUGGAAACACAUCCUGCAUUGCAAUGCCACUCAAAGGAGAAAUGUGUUUGCAAUUUAAUUUAGUCUUUGACGUUAAUUUUAAAUAGAAAAUAUUUGUUGUUUUUUUCCGUCCGUAGCGUACACAAAUUAAAUAAUUUAGAAGGUUUUUCAACACGUGAGUAGGCCACAUAUAGCUGUCCACGUGAGAAGCAUGGAAUUUUUAUUUGAAUUCCGUAAAAGAAUAGAAAAUAACUAUGAUUGUUUUUAAAAAUCCGAGCGUAUCUAAUUAUUUUCGAAUCUUUAGCGUUCCUGUCAGCACAGCUCAUUCCUCAAUAUAUGAAAUAAAACUUUAUUAGACAGGUUAUCAUACACAACAAAUAUAUCACUUACACUUUUAAAUUUAUUUUGUAAAGGUUAAUUCGGUGUUAAAUAAGUAUUAAUAGACGUUAGUGUGUCUGGGUUUCUAUUAAGGUGUUAUGUUGUUAACAGGUGGAUUAAAUUUAUUGGAUGAGUGUUGGGAUACAUUGCGGCGUUAGAGAGUUAGUCCAGGGGAAAUGAGGUAACGGUUGGUCAGAUAGAAUACAGAACGCACUGGAGGUGGGUUAGGUAGAUUGCUGGGUUUAGUUGGGAUUAGGAUAGAUGAGGUUAGUUAUUAAGUAGUUGCCCAGUUUUCAGUUAAAGGAAGAGAAUGGAUGAAAUGGUAAAUGUCAUAGCAUGGACGUGUUGAACAUUUAGGGCUUAUUUAUGGUGUUGAGGUAUAACAAGUAGUUGAAAUAUGGAGAAAUAGGGGCAAGGUCUGAGAUUCUGCAUUGAAUUGAGUGGUGUAUGCAUAUAGUAAUUCCACCAUUGUGUUUAUUUAAAACAUUUAAUGUUUGCAAUAUACAUAACAUGAUGAUAUUUCUCUACUGCAUUUAAUGUCAUAAAGUAUUAUUAUUAUUUCUUUUUUUUUUAAACCAUAAAACCAUGAUCUAUCAUGGAACCCUUUAGAUCUUAAAUAUACCUUAGUCAUUGUAGGUAAUGUUUUAAUUUAAAUGUUAACCAAUUGAAAAGUGACAACAUAACGAUAGUCUUCAGUGUGCGUGAGCGUUAGAUAGCUUCGACAUUCAGAAAGUUUGAGAUUGGGCGUCGCUGCAACGGUCCCGGGCUCCUAUAACUUAAUGGUGGGGGACGAACUUGAAAAAUAACACACAAUAUUAAUUGUUUUUUAAAAUAUUUUUAUUGGAAUGGGCUGUUCAUUUUAUUACCGUAUAUACUCGCAUAUAAGCUGAAUUUAGAACUAUAAAAUACAAUACUAAAAUCAGGGGGUCGGCUUAUAUGCGCAUAAAACAAAAUGGACACAAGGACAGGUACUAAUGCCAGUUUUCCAGCCACACAUUUUCAUCUCUAUCUGACUCUUUAUUUUUAAUAUUUUGUAAAUAUAUACUUCGUUAAUCAUUAGUUGUCAACAACUUAUGAGCGGAAAUUCAAAUAUUAUUAUAGCAAACAAUGUGGAAAGAGCAAAACACGUUUUUGUGUCAUUCCAAAAGGUAAAACAAACUGGUAUUUAACAUAAAAGUAAGCAUUUUACAUCUUUACAGUAACAAUUUUCUAUGAACCAAAAAUAUGGAGUAAAAUUAAACAAUUGUAUGGCCGGCUUAUAUGCGGGUUUUGGCAAAAAUUGGCCAUUUUAAAGCAGUUUUAAGGGGUUUGGCUUAUAUGCGAUGUAGGCUUAUGUGCUAGUAUAUACGGUAUUUUGUUCUCUUAGGGCUUCUUGAUGCAAAAAAGUGUUGGAAAAUGCACACUUUAAAAGACGGCCGUGAAGUCAUUUUCUUUGAAGUUUUUGUGUGUGUCCUGUCAAGGACAUUUAGAGGCACUGGAUUAAAUUUCAGUUUUACGAAUUAACUGUUGUUAAUUGUUUAACUUCUUAUGGAAUAACAAUAAUUUACGUAUACUAGCCAAUCUAUAAGGUUUUGUUAGGAUUUGAAUUCAAAAAGUCCUCUAAAGCGUUUUUAGCGAACAUGCAUAAAAUGGACACUGUCAAAAGCACUUCACUAACAUACCAAAUACAAUUUGAAAAAGAACACAUAAACAUCUUUUGUUAAAAUGUGAGAUAUAUUUUAACUCUUUUAAACAAUGAAUUUUCGGGCUGAUCCCCUUGUUCAUUUGAUCUUUUAGGUGAGCAGAGCCAAGAAACAUGGCUAUAUACCAAAAUAUCUUUUAAAUGAUGGCUUGUUUAAACAAAAAGUCUUUACCAACGUCAAACCUAUGGUCGUUGAUCAAUUAAAAUACAUUGGGAUCCCGAUUAUAAAUGGGUUAUUUUAAAUAUCCAUCCCUAUUUUUUUUUUAAAUUGAAACAUAUUUAAGUUCAUUUUCAAAUGUUAUCCAAUUCGAAGAAUUCAAUGGAAGUUUUAUUUAUCUAUCUCAUAUAAAUAACAAAAUUUAGACCCUCCCCUCCCCCCCAAACCUAAACACAGUAAUUGAAAUAAUAAAUGCAAUAACGGUCAAAAUUUUUCUCUCGAUAUUGAAGUGAAACAUGUAUGUAUCCCAAGUUUUUUCAGCAUCCAUUAAUCCAUGUAUGCAAUACAAACAGACAUAUUUUCUCAUGUAUAAAGUAUAUACAUAUCAUACCAGAUACAUUGAUGAAGAAAUAGAAAUGUUAUUGAACGAUCUUUAUAUUAAUAUAUAUUAUAUAAGACAUGAUUUUUUUAUUUUUUUUUAACAAACUUUUACAUCUAAAUAAAUAUCGGUGUGACGUUUUAUGUUUUGCCCUUAUUAAUUUCCUUGCACCCUUUUAAACUGUAACAGUGCCAUGUAUUUAACCGGUAUAAAUCUAGACAGAAUAUUAUUGUGUAUUUCAUUUAGGUAUCUGAGCAUGAAUUUAUAACAUGUAUAAUACUUCUAUUAAAAUAGAAAAUGGAAUCUACUAUGAACUGACAUUGUUAUGUGUGUAAUAAGCUGUGUCUU